GAUCAUCAUCGAGCACCACAAAAGACCAGCACACACAAAGACACACCUGCACCACUCUUCCCAGUUUCCAGCAAAACCGCGUUUGAAGAUGACAAUGGUUGCCACAGCUGAUUUCAGGAGCAUCUUCGCGUCGUUCGACCAGGACGGCGAUGGCAAGGUCUCCGCCGCCGAGCUUCGGCUCUGCGUUCAGGCCGCGCUCAGCGGCGGAGCCGACGACAUGUCGGCCGAAGAAGUGCAGGCCCUGAUGGCGUCCGCGGACACCGACGGCGACGGGCUGCUGGACGAGGAGGAGUUCGUGAGGCUGGUGCAAGACCACAUUCACAAGGAAGAGGGAGACCGGUGCAGGUCGCUGAGGGAGGCGUUCGGGAUGUACGAGAUGGAAGGGAAAGGCUGCAUCACUUCGCUGAGCCUGAAGCUGAUGAUGAGCAGGCUGGGCUUGCCCCUGGACGUCGACGAAUGCCAGGCCAUGAUCUGCAGGUUUGAUCUCAACGGGGACGGGGUGCUCACCUUCGACGAGUUCAAGACCAUGAUGACGAUGGAAUGAUGAGAUUAUAACAACGGCCUAAGAAAGCUUCAAGAGAUUCAGUCAUAUGUUCACACAAAAAUUAGUACUACGUUCUUCGUACUUGUCUGGUCAAUCGUGAAUUCGACCAUUUUGUAUCUUUCUAUUUUCCAGGAACAUCAUUUGUAUCAUGAAUCCGACCACUUUGUAUCUUCCUAUUUUUGAUUCAAGGAAUAACACUACAGAUGUUAACUCACCCAUGAA